CUCAGAAUUCCACACACACAAAAGGAAACAUUAAGCAAUUUUAUUAUUAUUCAAUUCAAUGCCUGCAAUUGUCGGCAUACUUUCUACUUUCACAUGCAAACUCCCUUCCUUUCGCAUGUGUUAUCAUACCUCAACAACAACAACAGCAAGAAGAUCUGGAAACUAUGGCCCUUCCACAUGGGAUUUCACUUACAUUCAAUCUCUCAACAGUACUACUUAUAAUGGUGAGAGGUUUGUUACGAGGCGCGACGAGUUGAAGGAGAGAGUGAAAGAUAUGAUGAAGAAUGAAGAGAUGAAAGAAUUGGAGAAAAUGGAGAUGAUUGAUGAACUGCAGAGGCUUGGUUGUUCUUACCAUUUUGAGGAUGAAAUCAAGGCAGCUUUGAUGGAGAUCUAUAUGAAGAAUAGUGAUAGUUACAAGUCAUCAUCAGAGGAGAAAGACUUAUAUGCCACAGCUCUUGAGUUUAGAUUGCUCAGACAAAAUGGCUAUAACAUCUCUCAAGAUGUAUUUGAUGUUUUUAUGGAUGGAGAGCGGUCUAGUUUUAAAGCCAACCUUUGCGAAGACACCAAGGGAUUGUUAAACUUGUACGAAGCAUCUUUUCUAAGCAUGGAAGGUGAAACAAUCUUAAAAUUGGCCAAAGAUUUCUCUACCAAACAUAUGAAAUAUGUCGCCCACGACCAAAACCUCGGCGACCAGAACCUUUUGGCAUCGGUGCAACAUGCAUUAGAGCUGCCAUUACACUGGAGGAUGCCAAGGUUGGAGACCAAAUGUUUCAUUGAUUCAUACAAAGUAAAAACAACUUGGAAUCCCAUCCUAUUGGACUUCGCUAAACUAGACUUCAACUUCGUUCAAGCUGUGCAUCAAGAGGAUUUGAAAUUCGUGUCAAGGUGGUGGGAGAAUUCAGGUAUUACAAAAAGAUUAACAUUCGCGAGGGAUAGAGUGGUAGAGAAUUUCUUUUGGAGUGUAGGGUUGUACUCCAAGCCUAUGUAUGCAAACUGGAGAAGAAUGAAUGCAAAGAUCAAUUGUUUCAUUUGCACAAUCGAUGAUAUAUAUGACGUUUAUGGUACUAUGGAUGAAUUACAGCUAUUCACUGAUACCAUUGAAAGAUGGGAUGAUGUAUCAGAAACAGGGCAUCUCCCAGAGUACAUGAAGUUCUGCUAUGCUGCACUCCACAACUUUGUCAAUGAAGUGGCAUUCGAUGUUCUUAAAGAACAUAACAUCUUUAUAGUACAUUAUCUCAGAAAAGCGUGGGGGGAUUUAUGCAAAGCAUACUUACAAGAGGCAAAGUGGUACCACAGUGGAUACACCCCAACAUAUGAGGAAUACAUUGAGAACUCUUGGAUUUCAAUAAGUUGCCCACUAACAUUAGUGCAUGCUUUUUUCUAUUUCAACAACCCUGUGGAGGAUGCUACUGCCCUUCAUUGCUUGACACAAUAUCAUCAAAUAAUUCGUCUCUCAGCUAUCAUCCUUCGUCUUGCAAACGAUAAAGCAACUUCACCUAACGAGAUGAAAAGGGGCGAUGUACCAAAAGCAAUACAAUGUUACAUGAAUGAGGGUAGAGUCUCUAGUAACGCAGAUGCUCGUGAUUUUAUCGAUUUUCAGAUCAGUGAGACAUGGAAGAAAAUGAACAAAUUUCGAAUUGAAGGCAGCCCUUUCUCCGAAGCAUUCAUUGAAGUUGCGAUGAACAUUGCCAGAAUGGCUCAGUGCAUGUAUCAACAUGGAGAUGGGCAUGGCAUCAAGAACUUAGAGACUCAAACUCGUAUCCAAACUCUACUCUUUCAACCUAUUCCUCUAAUAUAGCCCUUAUGAAAAUGUUUGUGCAAUGGUUAAUUUGUUACAUAAUUCUAUCUAUUAUUUUUAUACUUGAUAAUUAUGUUUUUAGAAUUCACAUAUUAGUUUUAAUAGUAAUAAAAACUGAAAAAGAUCGUGUGGCUUGAAUUCACAAA